AUAGCAGCUCAGGAGAAGGGGGGGGGGCUGCCUGCAGACUUGUGUUUACAGUGACCCCCCCAGACUGAAGUGGGGAGACAGGCAGUGAGGCAGCGUCUGGGACAGAGAGAAAGAGCUGAGCAGGAGACAAAGAAAGGAAGAGGAAGAGAGCAGGGGGAGUAGAUAGAGAAACUCCUGGGCACUGACUGGCACUGUGACCUUAUUUAGCUGUGUCAGCUCCCUCCUCAGCACCCUGCUCCAUUGGUAUCAAAAUCUCUCUGCCCACCUGUCCUGCUUCUUUUUGUAGGUGCCCUUGUCCUGCUAACCCUUUCACAUCCUUCUCUUUCUACUCUGCCCUGUAUCCUGUCUUGAGCCUUCAGCAGCUUACUGCCCUCUACAUUCUUUUCUCAGUGCCCUCUUUACCUGACUAAGCACCACGUUUCUGGACUGUCUACUAAGAAGCAGCAUGGCUAUUGUGUAGCAACUUCAUAAUUCAAGUCUCAGGAUGGUACAACACAAGACUGUGGAGGGUAGCCCAAAGACACCAGAUGCUGCUCCUGGGGGCCCCAGCUGGUGUAAGACUCCUAGUGGGCACAUAAAACGUCCAAUGAAUGCCUUCAUGGUGUGGUCUCAGAUUGAGAGGAGAAAGCUCAUGUCUCUGUGCCCCAACAUGCACAAUGCUGACAUCUCUCGCAGCCUUGGCCAGCGUUGGAAGUUACUGGAGGACACAGAUAAAAUACCUUAUGUCCGAGAGGCUGAACGUCUACGACUCAAACACAUGGCUGACUAUCCCAACUACAAAUACCGUCCGCGCAGACGCACCCGGGAUCCAGCAGGCAGAACACGUGCCAGGCUCCCCCGUACCACUUCUAGGUGCCAACCUGCUCCCUCGCCAUGCCAGUCGGAAGUGAAUUUGGGAUCCAGCAUGCACUGGGGGGAGGAAAGCCCCAAUUGGGGGGGGGAUAAAGAUGACCAAUCAGAAGAGACGCAGAAUCGGGAGUCAUCAGCACGCAGCCCAGAGGUGCCCCCCUACUCCUCUGCUCAGCCCCCCCAUGCCCCUGCCAACUCACUGCCAUCCUCCCCAGAGCCAGUUGAGGAAGAUGAGGGACUGGAGGAAAGUCUGCCUGGACUUUACUCUAGUUCCCUCUGCGUCCCAUCAGACAGGGAGCUUCUUCCCAGCAGCGGAUCCCAUUUCGAGUUUCCCGAUCACUGCACUCCUGAAGUGGUGGAGAUGAUUUCGGGGAGUGUUAUCCUUGGAAGCGUGUCUGACCUCGUGUUCUCGUUCUAAACUGAGACCCUACACCCCACAGAGAGGCAUCGGCAGCAGGUAACACGUAGUGGAACUGUCCACAGAUUUCUCCGACUAAUGAGAAAGGUGAACGCAUGGAACACUCUCUCUACAGUCUCCGAGCACUUUCUGUCCUGACGGUCUCUUUGGACACUCACACUACAGUUUCUCAGGGUGCUCUCUGCUGUCUGUUUCAGCUUCUAGCUCAUAGAUAAUUCCUUGCUGUUGCUCACAUUGCUGUCUGAAUUCCUCGCUGUCUCUCAGUGCACUCUCUUUAGCUGUCCCUCAGAAGAAUGAUCUUUCAUUCCAAUCUGUGCACUCUCUCCUGUGCUGGCAUCAUUUCUGGGCCUGUAAUGUAGACAGACAUACUGUGCACACACACGCACACAUACACACUCUGCAUGUGUCACUAACUGUCUGUUAACCUAGUCCUGACUGAUUCCUGCAGUCCAGCCGGGUGCAAACAAGUCCAGAGCCAUAAGGCAGGUAAGGACAUACGUGUGUGUGUGUGUGUGUGUGUGUGUGUGUGUGUGUGUGUAUAAACAUCCAUAUGUCUGUUUCAUAUCUAUUUAUGAAUCUGUGUCUUUCACACACAUGUCUUUCUAGCCUAUCUAUCUAUAUCACAUCUAUAUGUCUGUUUAUUCAUCUGUCUGUCUGAUCUAUUUUUAUAUUUUCACCCACACCCCCGCUUCCCCUCUGUACAAUAUAAGACCUCAGGACAAGACCUCAGGACUAUUUCCCUGUAAUUCAGGGGCUCAGACACCAUCAAUAAACCUCAGGACCCCUCUCUGCACACAGAGCCCUCCCUUUUAUCCUCAGAAGCUCUCAGGAAGUGUUACUGACCUCAGAUCCCCUCAUAUAGCAAUGGGGGAGACCAGCCACUAUACAACUCCAUAAAGCCUCAGCACUGUCUAUAUGUCUAGCUGUGUGUCUCCCACGUGUCUAUGCAUACGUGCAGUAAUCUCUGCCACUGCCUGAAUCUGCAUGUAUAUAUAAUGUAUGUCUGAGCUACAUCUCUCCCACACAGCAGUCUUUCAGUCUCCUCUUUCAUGCUAUACAGUUAUUGUGCGUCACACACGUCCACUAUCACACUAUAUAUAUAUAUAUUUAUACAGAGGAGUGUGUACCCAUAUGUAAGACUGGAUGAAGGGCAGCACAGCAGAGAGUGCCAGUACUGAGGGCAGGAAUGCAUUCCAUAGGGUGGGUUCUAUCUUAAGAUGGGAGGUAUAUUUCCUUACUCUGGAACUUAUGAAAUAUUUUUUGGGGGUUUGGGAGGGCUCAAUACUGGAAUGGGCUCAUUUUUUCAAAGCUUGUGCUUAUAUUUGGGGGUUAGGCUUUUUCACUUAAUUCUUGGCCCCCUCUUGGGAAUUUAUUCUCAGAUAUGACUUGCUCAGGAACUGUAGACUAUUGCAGGGAAUUAAUAUUUGAUUGUAAGGACUUGGAGCAUGGGCAUCUGGUGGUAUUGACCAAAUUAACAAAGAAAGCUUGUGUUCCAAUUAUGCCAGCAGGGUGGAGACACUGAGCAGUUGGACUUCCAUCAGGGCUAGGGCACUGAGGGCUUGGGUUACCAGCAGGCAGUGUCAUCAUGACCCAUGGAUCAUGCUAUUUGCACAUUUGGAAUUUACUUGGAAUGGAGCCAAGUUGUGAUUUUUCUUUUUUCUUUUUUUUUUUUUUAAUUGUUAAAAGUUGAAGGACUUCCAGAUCCUUGGAUUCUGGCCUGGUGGAACAAGACAUUUGGGGAUUUGGGUGGUGACUAUUACUACAAGAUUGUUUGGGAGGGGUGUAUUAAGGGUGCUGUACAAUACAGAAACCAUAAUAUCUGGAACAAUAAAAUGCAAAUCAAAA